AUUAAAUGAAUAAAAAGUUCUUUGAUAAUGUAAACGUAAAAUUUACAACAUUCACAAGGAAUUUUGUAUAUGCCACAAGUCAACUUGGGCUCUACUAAGAGGUAAUUGUGAGUCGUUUCAAGACCCCAAAUAUCACGAGCCAUCCGGUUGUCUCCCCCUAGGUUUACACCUAUGUGACAUUGCUUUAACUAUUCGUUGUGGACAGAAAGGUUGUACCUUGGGUUGUACAAUCUAAACUAUAUCAAAAGAAAGUUACCAUAGUAACGAAGGUAAACAAAGUAACAUGAAGGGGGAAGUUAGAAAACAGUACCUUACAUUUUAUUAUACGAAUGGAUUCAUUUCGAAGUGUAAUUUCAUUAAAAAUGUCAAAUAAUUUUAGCGAACAACAGGCAAAAUUUAUACAAGAACGCAUAACAAAUGUAGAAAAAUAUUUUGCUGAACUUUGCACAGCUUUUGCCGCGUACAUACGCAAAGCAGCUCGAAUCCGGGACAAAACUGAUGAAUUAGCAACAGUAAUUCAAACGUAUUCUAAUUCGGAAAGUGUUAAUAAAACGUUACGUGAAGCGUUAACUAAUUUUUCUACAAUAUUAUUAUCGUUGGGUGAUUUUAAAGAUGCUCGAGUCCAAAAAUUAGACAAUAAGGUUGUUGCUGAAUUAUCGCAGUAUGAAGUGAUUUGUAAACAUGCUAAAGACGAAGUUAAGCAUACUUUUGUAUUGCGUGAAAAAGAAAUUAAUAGAAAAAAGCAAUUGGAUAAAAUUCGUGAACGCAAUCCUCGAAAUCGACAACAAAUUAAUCAAGCUGAAACUGAACUAGUUAAAGCAUCAGCAGAAGUUUCGAGGACAAUAAAAGCGCUGGAAGAUCAAACUGAUGAAUUUGAGAGACAAAAAUUACGAAAUUUAAAAACGAUUUUAUUAGACUUUAUUACCAUUGAACUAGCAUAUCAUGCCAAAUCUAUUGAACUUUUCACAAAAGCUUAUCAAAGUAUUGAUAAUAUUGAUGAACAAGCUGACGUUGAGGACUUUCAAACAUGGCGAAAAGAAUUACAUUCGGAAUUUCGUACAAUAAUACGUAUGCCAGAAAGAAUAUCACGUUUCGAAACAGUGAGGCGUAUGUCAUUCGGCAAACAUUCACUAUCAUUACCGGCACUAGAAUUGGAGCACAAUAAUUUGAAACAACCGACAAUCAAAAAUAAUAAACCGGUUUCAAAAAGCAUGGAAUCUAUGGACUCGUUUAAAGUAAGUGUUGAUGACACGAAUGAAGACAGUUUUACAACAACAAAUGAUUCUACGUCUAUACCAGUUCCAGCACCACGAAGAAUUAUAUAAAAUUUUUAGUAAAAUAAACAGCUUUAUUUUUGAA